UUAAGUCCCUAACACACCCAACUUUGUUUCAAAACCACCACAUCCUUCUGUUUCACUCAAAAUGGCCAUCAGAAAAUCUAACAAGCUUCCCCAAAGUGCUGUUUUGAAACAAAUCCUCAAAAGGUGUUCAAGCUUAGGAAAGAAGCAUGAGUAUGACGAUGAUGUCCUACCUCUUGACGUACCAAAAGGUCACUUUGCUGUCUAUGUUGGUGAAAAACGAAGUAGGUACAUUGUCCCAAUAUCUUUCUUGGCUCACCCUCAGUUCCAAUCCCUCCUUAGACAAGCUGAAGAAGAAUUCGGCUUUGAUCAUGAUAUGGGCAUCACUAUUCCUUGUGAAGAAGUUGUUUUUCAGUCUCUAACAUCAAUGAUCAGAUGAAAGAAGGACAUGUUUGGUGGUUCUGAUUGAAGUGGAUGAUGACCAAGAUGAAGCAGCAGCAGCUUUUGCUUCUCUUUUUUUAGCAUCUCCCUUCAUCAUAGCCAUUUUGGUUCUCAUCAAUAUUCUCGAUCUGCUAUUUUUCCAUCUCAUUCUUUUUUUUUCUUUUGGAAGGGACCGGGAGGGUUAGACUAUUUGGUUUUUAUGUCAAUUAUGUGAAUCUAACUUUGUACCCAUGAAGAUUUCAUGGGUUGAAAAUUGUACAAAUGUUUGAGGUUUUCCUCA